CAGGUGAUCUCGAACAAGCCUAUUCUCUGGUUUUGUGCUGAGCAGCCCAGCGGCAAGAACAACAAACUCCUCAAACAAGAACAACCUAGCGGCGAGCGGCUCGCAUGCGCGUGCAAUGUGACGUCCACUUUACUGGCAUUCACAUACGGAAGUCGGUGAUGUAGCUGCUACUUUUACUGUCUAGAACAGCAAUUUCUUGGUACCGCUAACGUUAAAGCGUAACAUAGACCUACACGUUCAGUUCGUAAUGGCUACUGGUUUUAGAAAAACAAGUGCCACCAUAAAUCAACGAAAGAAAGGAGGUUCCAAACCGGACAUUACGGAGGAGCAGAAACAAGAAAUCCGAGAGGCUUUUGAUCUGUUUGAUACAGAUGGUUCUGGGACUAUUGAUGUGAAGGAACUUAAGGUUGCAAUGCGUGCCUUAGGGUUUGAACCAAAGAAAGAGGAGAUUAAGAAGAUGAUAGCAGACAUUGACAAAGAAGGCUCUGGGACCAUUGAUUUCAAUGAUUUUCUUUGCAUGAUGACCAAAAAAAUGAGUGAAAAAGACUCGAAAGAGGAAAUUUUGAAGGCUUUUAGACUUUUUGAUGACGAUGGCACUGGAAAGAUUUCUUUUAAAAACCUCAAAAGAGUUGCUAAGGAACUUGGAGAGAAUUUAACCGACGAGGAAUUACAGGAAAUGAUUGAUGAGGCUGACCGAGAUGGAGAUGGAGAAAUUAAUGAGCAGGAAUUCCUUAGGAUAAUGAAGAAAACAAGUCUGUACUGAUCUUUGAAUUUGUAUGUUUUGUUUUUCUCCUCUUGUGACCUUUAGUGUUAUUUAUUUUUGUAAUAUGAGGAAAUUUGUGACACUUGGUGAUGGUUUUCUCUCUGAGGUUUAAUAAUUUUGUAUGACAUUAAAAUAAAAAAGGAAUAUUUGUAAACCAUUA